GUCUUUGUUUUCAUCAGUGAAACGUUGAAGCGUUUUCAUAUUUUCUUUUAGCAGGAGGAAAUCAUCCAUAUGUAUUUGCAAAUUGUGUCUCGUUCUUAGUUUGACUUAUGAAUACUUCUCAGGAAAAAAAAGAUGGGGUUUCCUUCUUUUCAUCAUUUUCGGUUUGCAUAUUAUUUUCCCCCCUUCUUGGUACAGAGUAAACACGCAAGCCCUGGUCACAAGGUUCAUGCAGGGAUUGCCUUUUUCUCAUGAUUUUCUCUCAUGCUGACUCACCCGGUUCAGUUUGGCUGGAUGGAAUUUCCCUUCCUCCAUGCAGCACUUCCUAAAAUGAAUUCUCUUUUGGUAGACGUAUUUGGAUGACUGGGGCAUUCGCUUCCAUGAGGAGGAGCUUAAUAACCGGAAGCAUUGCAAAUCCCUUUCAUAUUCAUUUGGUGCCCUGUGGAAUCUAGCUUCAUUUCUUGUCUUGUGCACUUAGUUUGGUACACAAACCACACAAUAUUUUUGACAGCAGCCCAAAAUUUUCAGAAUAGAAAGGAAUUGGGUUGGAUCCAGAAUAAAUGCAUACUUUUGCCCUUCAUCUUUAUAUGGUCACUUCAGGCCACAGAAUUUGCUUCAUUGGAGUUCUCGGCCUUUCCAUGCGCAUGUCACAUCAUCGCCAUCAUGAAGGCACUCCUUGGACUGUUCCUCUUCUCCCUGCUUCUAACUUCAGGUGCUUUCUUGGAAUGUGAAACAUGUUUUGCCACCAGCAGCAACUGCACAGGUGCAUGGGAAAGGUGCGAAGAUGAUGAAGAUACCUGUGCUUUUGGUAUAACAGAAAAAGCACAAGGUGGAAAAUCAGAGUUGACGGUAGAGAAAGGGUGCCAUUCCUCUGAAAACUGCACAUCUGGAUGGAUAUUGGUCACCUUUGGCAAAGGAGAGUUCAUCAGGAAAAGUACGAACUGUUGCACAGAGGAAGAUUGCAGCUCAGCCUUUUCUCAUUGGCCGCUGCUAAACACGACAGCUAAUGGAAAGCGAUGCCCAGCCUGCUUUUCUGUGUCAAAGGCAUGUUUGCCAGCAGUAGUAAAUUGUACUGGAUCUGAGGACUACUGCUUGGAUUUGGUGACAUAUACAUCAUAUACUGAAAUGAGGAUCCACCUGAAGGGCUGUACUACAGAGUCUACCUGUGCUGGAUUACAGAGUGGCAUGUGGAACAUUGUUGAUACUGGUGACAACAAAGUUGACUGUAGACCAGCCAGUCGAGGUUCUUCACUAUCUGGCUCACUCCUGUCUCCUAUCUUUGGGUUCCUGCUAAUGACGGUCUUCUCGUAACACACUUCUUGCAAUGAAUCAGCACUGAAGAGCAUUCCUGUCCCAUUUCCAUAAAGAAGACCAAUUCCUAAGAAGGACUAGCUCAAAAAACAAAGGCCAUGACUUUUACUUCUUGCUGGACAGCUCCCUUUGGGAUCAGCAAUGAACAACCUUCUCAGCCUUAUUCCUAUCAGACUGGACAGCUCCUUUGUGUUCCUCAUUGUUCCAGGAACAUUAAGAACCAAUUUGCCAGAUCAGACUAGUCCAGCAUCCUCAUUUUCACUGCCAAUAACCAGAUGCUUAAAGACAGAAACAUAUCCCUCAUUAACUGUCGUCCUCGUGAAUUCGUCUGAUCUGUUGUCUAUAAGGGCAUUCGCGACUGUGUGCAUCUGCUCUUCUAUUUCAUUGAGAAGAAACCACAUGGCAGAUGUUUUUUCCCCUUUCCAGGUUAUGUGCAAAUAAAUGUGCCCCAUUCAA